GCAGGCAGUGGUGGUGGGGCAAGCAGGGUGCUGUGGUGGUAGCGGCGGAUGUGUCAGAGGAUGAGUGGGCACAGGAGGUGCGGAUGGGUCAUUGGGGCAUGGGGCAGGCGGGGCCACAGCGGGGCCCAUUAUAAAGGUGACACGGUUUGCCGAUUUUUCAGCUGGGGAUCACGGCUUGUGUACAUAUGUCCUGUGUUUGUAUCUGUAGACGCUUCUUUCGGCAUCAAAGUACGUGCAAUCAAGCUCCGUUGCAUCAUGGCCAGCGCAUACUCGUUCGAACACUACGACACAUACACGCAGGUGUGCGCCUCCACGCCCCGCAGCACCACGAUGCACAACUUCGUGACAUACAGCACCAACGUGUCGGGCAAAAAGUACCACGACCUGGAGAGGUUCCAGGGCGCAGACGUGCUCGUCGAGGAGGCCGGCGAGGACGAGGUGGACGUGCUGCACCCCGACGACGACGACCUCUUCCAGAUCGAGGACGUGGACACAUGCAACUACACGUCGAAGCCAAGACCGUCGUGCGGGUCCGUGGCCGGGUCGCUGCCCUCGCUCAUGCUCGACGGGUUGUCGGACGAGGAGUCCGACGACGACUACGACGUGGACGACGACAUGGCGGCCCACGACGACUCCGACGCGUGCCGCAUAAUAGCGUCGCACUCCGCCUGCGCCGACGAGUGGAACCAGGCCAUCAUCUCCCCCUACCUGCACCCCCGAAACGCCUCCUCCAACCCAUACCUCAAGAAACAGCAGCUGACCUUCGACUCCAUCCUCCCCCACACCCAGCACCCCGCCGCCACGCUUACGUCCGUGGCCGCCGACAACUACAACCUCUGGCUCUCCUCCAACUAGUCUGGACCACGCCUCAUCCCCCGCCACUAUUUAUUACAUCUCUUCACUUCUACUAUCGCACACUGGGUUGUUUGCUUUUACUUUGGGUCUUUGGGUCUUUGGGUCUUCUUUCCGGCAGAGUCUUGUGGCAUCAAGCUCUCCGGUUCCACCACUACGUUUUCCACUACGGUUUCCUUUUCUUUUUUAUUUUUAUUUUAUUUUUUCUUUUUCUUUUCUUUCCUCUCAUACUACUCUGUUUAUCUUCCUUCCUUCUAUAGCAAUGUGAAACAAAAGUACGACAUGGAAAAACCACCUCACCGCUUCCGCCUUUCCAACCGUGGGAGUUAUCG